CUUCCAUCUCAUCAGAUAGAGUUUGGAAACCGGCUGUGACUUGACUGAAUUAUAUAUCCAGAAGAUCAUAACUUUCAGGACACACUUCCAUUUAGGUACAAUUUACUCACUCACUAACACAACUUACAUCUGACUCAGCAGACUUUUCCUCUCCCCUUCACUGUCUUCAUCCAACCUUCAGAGGGUCGACCCUGCUCACCAUGUCAGCUCAGCUCAGUCAGUCCUACCAUGAAAAGGCCUACAGCUCUCUGAUGAGAGGCUUGAAAGAGCUGGACCUCCGUGGCCCCUGUGUUCCCUGCAAACUGGUGCUGACUGGAGACCACGCCUUUCCUUUAACAAUCAACAGCCAAGGCCAGGUCCUGAUGGCUGCCUCUCUCUACGGUCGUGGAAGGAUUGUGGUCCUGGGCCAUGAGGGAUACCUGACAGCCUUCCCUGCUCUGGUGGAGAACACCCUGAACUGGCUGAGAGGAGAUGGAUCUGACAACCUGUCUGUAGGGGUUCAUAAGUACGUCAGGGCAGUCGCUGAAAACUUCAGCAAAUCCAGCUUCCAAGUCAAAGUGGUGGGGGCCUUUAGUGACAGUCUUGAGGUUGGUGUGUAUGUGACGGAUGCCUACAGUGUGGGUGCAGACCCAAAGGAGCUGGUGGCAUUUCUGAAAGCUGGAGGAGGAGUGCUGAUAGCAGGUCAGGCGUGGAACUGGGCUGCAGAUCACCCUAAGGAGAACACUCUGCUUCAGUUUGAAGGGAAUAAGGUUUCUGGUGUGGCAGGGAUCUACUUUUCCAAGGAAUAUGGGAAAGUAGAGGUCCUGCAUGUCUGCCCUCAGAUCCCCUCCUCCCUGAUGGCUUUAGAAAUCGAAAGUAAACAUUUUGAGGAUGACUUGGAGUUCUUACUUCAGGGGGUUUCACAGUUUGACCUACAGGGUGAUUUAUUAGCUUCUGAGGUCCUGGUCCAUGGCCCUUUAGCCUUCCCCAUCGGUACCACUGAGGAUGGACGAGCGUUCCUGGCAGGAGCCUACUAUGGGCGGGGACGGGUCAUUGUGAUCACGCAUGAAGAACUUCUGAGACGAGAGACACUGGCUCCAUUUUGGAACAACGCCAUUCACUGGUUGGAUCAAGGCCGGAAGGGGGUCGUUGGUGUGGUGCCAGAACUCAAUGGUUUCCCCAAGGCAGGGUUACAGUGUGAGAACACAAACUUCAGGAAAGACCUGAGUGUAUUUGUGUGUACAGCGUACAGUGAUGAUCAUGCGGAGGAAAUCCAAGACUUUGUGGCUGAGGGAGGAGGCCUGCUGAUUGGUGGACACGCCUGGUACUGGGCACAGACGCACAGACGAAACAAGAUCCUGAACAAAAUGGGCUUGAGCCUGAUGGAGGCAACAAUUAAUGAAGGUUCCUACAAAGCCCCUGCACCUAGCCAGGCCAUGAAAGACACCCUCCACUUCUGCUAUCUUCUUCGCCGCUUUGCUGUUCAUGUGACCAAGGGAGAAGCACUUACCAAGCAUGAGGAGCAACAGCUUAAAAAACUGGGCAGGGAGGGUGCCAGCUUCUUGAACAUGAAGGCUUAUGACAGCUUCUCCUACACACGAGUGUUGUCCAUCUUCACUGACAUUUUGAAGUCAGGCAUGCCACAGGUGAGUGAGAAGAAGCCUGUGAAGAAUCCCAAAGAUCACCUACUCCUCAAUGUGGGGACAGAGUUAUUUAGAGUUUCCCCAGAUCCUCAUGCUCUCCUGCCCUACCUCAUCAAGCACAAUCCCCUGAUGCCUUUUGUCUAUAACCGAAGGAUAAGGAUUAAUGCCAAGACAGAAGAAAAGGAGAUGUGGCUUAGCACAGGUCUGUACCUCUCUCCUGGUAUGAAGACUGUGAUGACCAUGCCAGCACAGAUCAUCAACAAGAAAUGGAAGGUCCAGAUAGGCUGUCAAACUGACUACCUGGAUGCUGAAGAGUUGAAGAGAGCACCACGUGUUCAUGAGGAAUUUCCUGUUACCGCAGAGAAGAUGCAGGUGUGGAACCUGUGGGGAGGACUCAUCUACCUGGUGGCUCCACCGGACUCAAAGGUGGAGGGGGCAGAGGUCGUAGUGCAGUUAGCUAUGGCUGCUCCUUAUUAUAAGUCUGGUGAGACAACCUCAGCUGACUGGUCCUUGCUGCGCACUGCUCCCUCACCCUGGGCAGAGUUGGAGUUUGACAACAUCAUCCUUACUGUGCCAUCAGAUGUUGUUCGGGGCUUGGAGCGCCCUGAUGAGGUGGCAUGCCUUUGGAAUAACAUCAUGAAGGCUGUUGCAGAUCUGGCUGUCAUACCACACAAAUUCCCUCGCAAAGAGCGCAUUGUAGCAGACGUGCAGAUUUCUGCUGGCUGGAUGCAUUCGGGUUAUCCUGUCAUGAUGCAUUCAUCCAUAGCAGCUGAGCUGGUCAAACCAGGUGAUGCCAGGAAACAAGGCCUGUGGGGAGAAAUUCAUGAACUUGGACACAACCAGCAGAGAAGCUGCUGGGAGUUCCCACCACACACCUCAGAGGCCACAUGUAACCUGUGGUCAGUGUAUGUGCAUGAAGAGGUGCUGGGACUCAACAGGGCACAGGCUCAUCCAUCUUUGACCUUGACAAAGCGGAAGUCUUCUAUUAAGAAAUUUGUAAAGGGGGGCAGGAAACUCAACGACUGGAAUGUGUGGGUGGCUCUGGAGACAUACAUGCAGCUCCAGGAGAAGUUUGGCUGGGAUGCCUUUAAGAGGGUGUUUGCUGCCUACCACAAGAUGAGCGACUUUCCCAGUGACAACAAAGGAAAGAUGAACCUGUACGCCGAGACUUUCUCCCAGACUGUGGGGAUGAACCUGUGUGGAUUCUUUAAGGCCUGGGGCUGGCCCAUCGACACCACCACUGAAGAGAAACUCUCCAACCUGCCUUCUUGGUGUGACCACCCCAUGGUCCAGUAUGACUGAACUUCAGUCUGCUGCUGACAGAUGGACAGAAGGGUAUUUGUUGAUAAUCGGCUGAUUUGUGUUACUGUAGUCAUAUAUUAUAAUGAAAAAAAAAAGAUACAUAACAUAACAUAUAUCCUAACCAAGAAAAUGCAUUUAUUUGGCUUAGAUCUACUGUUUAAUGUUGAGCGUGAGGCUACAGAAGAAAAGAAAAAAGCAGCCUGCUGAGAAAAGA